AUGACGUUUUCUGUGUACACUAAUGGCCGGAAGUUGAUGAGCACAAAACAGGCAGGUGGCGCUCUUGGUGCCAUCAACGGAAUUCGAUUCCUCAGCAUUUCCUGGGUGGUUCUAGGACACUCAUUUUCGUCGGAUAUGAAUAAUCUUCAAAAUCCUACAUUUAUGGCGGAUUUCAUAAGCAACUGGACAUCCAUGGUUUUGGUCAAUGGUCUCCUGUCUGUAGACUCAUUUUUCACCCUAAGCGGGCUGCUGGUGUCCUACCUGUUUAUGAGGGAGAUGAAAAGGGAAAAGGGACGAAUAAACUGGUUCAUGUUCUACUUUCACCGCUUCUGGAGGCUUACUCCAGCUUAUAUGUUGGUACUAUUUCUCGAUAUGUCUCUGCUUCGCUAUCUCGGGGACGGACCGUUCUGGAGUAAAGAGGGAUUGGAACCCAAUUGCAGGGAGAACUGGUGGACGAAUCUCCUAUACAUCAACAAUGUCUACAAAAAACGGAAAAUGUGUUUUGGCUGGUCUUGGUAUCUGGCCAAUGACAUGCAGUUCUAUGUCGUGAGCCCUCUCCUUUUGGUGCCUCUUUAUUUCUGGAAAAAAAUAGGAUUAUUUGUAAGCUUCUUGGCGUUAUUGGGAAUCUGGAUAGUAACCGGAAUUAUAUCUGGACAUUACGAGCUCUUACCCACAUUUGAAUAUCUUUUUUUUUUCAGGGCCCAACAGGAUAAAUACUUUUAUGAGUAUUACAUAGUACCUUGGUGCCGCAUGGGACCUUACAUCGUUGGUAUAGUGACCGGGUACAUCAUCUACAAGACCGACGGCAAAUUUAAAAUACCAAAGGGUAUCAACAUGUUGGUUUGGACAGCAAUUGCCUUGACCGCAUUACUUGUUGUGUAUGGAAUAAACGGCCCUGUCGAAGGCGAUGAUUGGGGUAAUGGCGUGAACGCGCUCUACAACGCCGUCCAUCGUUCCGUUUGGGGCAUGUGCGUUUGCUGGGUCAUAUUUGCAUGUGUCACAGGCAACGGAGGAAUAGUGAACGACUUUCUCUCCUGGAAGCUGUUCGUCCCCCUCGGUAAACUCAGCUAUUGCAUCUAUCUGACACAUCUCCUCGUCCUGGAGUACUAUCUUCUCUCAAUGCGACAAUCUAUGUAUGCCACCACUCUUGAAUUGACUUUCCUUUUCCUUGGAACCUUGAUGUUGUCCAUUCUGGUGUCUAUUGUCGCUUCGCUCGCUUUUGAGGCCCCGAUGAUGGCUCUGGAGAAGGUUGUAUUUCGACGAGGCAAAAAAUGA